CGCCUCUGUACCAAAAUAACAGCGCUCCUGCCUCCUGUGACACAUUUGUGUCUGUCAGAGCUGAGCCGUACAGUUUACAGAGGAGAGUGGAGCUUUUGCAGGGAGACACGGGCACUGAACAACGAACCACAAGGCUGGCUGCAAUUUUGUCGACGAGUUUAUUUUUGAGAUAUGAGUCAGCUUAACACAACGUUCAAGCUUGCCAGCUAGUGGUGUGUGAUCUGGAGGGAGAGAUAAGGACGGCAGAGAACAUGGAGCUGUCAGACGGCUUGCUGCUGCAGGUCAACAAUGGAGAGCAGUGGACGAACCGCUGGAAACAUCCCAACGAUGACUCGGAUCGCAGCACCAGCCCCUCAGUCCUGCGCUGCGUCGCCAGCACGUGGAAAGAGGGCCUGCUGAGCAGAAAGAGGCCCUUUGUGGGCCGCUGCUGUCAUUCCUGCACACCACAGAGCUGGGAGAAGCUGUUCAACCCCAGUAUUCCAUCUCUGGGACUGCGCAAUGUCAUCUUCAUUAAUGAGACGCACACCAGGCAGCGGGGCUGGCUGGCGCGCAGGCUGAGUUAUGUGCUGUUUGUCAUGGAGAGGGACGUCAACAAGGACAUGUUCACCAGGAACGUAGUGGACAACGUGCUCAACAACUGCAGAGUGGAGAGUGCGAUUGCGAAUGUAGCCACGGAUUUGGACGCUGCAGGAACACAACCUGGCCAGGAGCACAAAGCGGUCAGAAAGGUGAAGCAGAAAGCCAGGUCCUUCCUACAGGAGAUGGUGGCCAACAUUUCACCGGCCUUCAUCAGGCUGACAGGCUGGGUCCUCCUGAGGCUCUUUAAUGGUUUCUUCUGGAGCAUCCAGAUCCACAAGGGUCAGCUGGAAAUGGUCAAAAAAGCUGCGACAGAGCAAAAUGUGCCCAUGGUCUUCCUUCCUGUCCACAAGUCCCACAUCGACUACUUGCUCAUCACGUUGAUUCUGUUCUGUCACAACAUCAAAGCCCCACACAUCGCAGCUGGGAACAACCUUAGCAUCCCUAUCCUCAGCACUCUUAUCCGUAAACUUGGAGGAUUCUUCAUACGCCGGAAAAUGGAGGAGACGGGAGAUAAGAAAGACGUUUUGUACAGAUCACUCCUACAUGCAUACACAGAGGAGUUGUUGCGUCAGCAGCAGUUUCUGGAGAUCUACCUGGAGGGUACGCGCUCCCGCAGCGGGAAGCCGUCUACAGCGCGUGCAGGCAUGCUCUCCAUCGUGGUAGACACGAUGUGGACCGGGUCGAUCCCAGACGUGCUGGUGGUGCCAGUUGGCAUCUCUUAUGAUCGUAUUCUUGAAGGCAACUAUAAUAGCGAGCAGCUGGGCAAGCCUAAGAAGAAUGAGAGUUUGUGGGGAAUUGCAUGUGGAGUGUUCAGGAUGCUGAGGAAGAACUACGGUUGUGUUCGAGUUGACUUCAACCAGCCCUUCUCCUUAAAGGAGUACCUGGAUUCCCAGAGAAACCGCCAUAUUCCUCCAUCAGUGUCUCUGGAGCACACCUUGAUGCCCAUCAUUAUUUCUGCACAACCUGAUGCGCAGCUGUUUGAGGGGCAGGAGGAGGAGCAGCUGAACAGGGAGAUGCCAGAGGACAUCGUAAGGCGACAACUUAUCAACAACCUGGCCAAGCACGUCCUCUUCACGGCUAACAAGUCCUCAGCGAUCAUGUCCACCCACAUCAUAGCCUGUCUCCUGCUGUACAGACACAGACAGGGGGUGGGGCUGUCCAAGUUGGUGGAAGACUUCUUCAACAUGAAGGAGGAGAUCCUGUCAAGGGACUUUGAUCUGGGCUUUUCGGGGAACUCUGAGGAUGUUGUCGUGCGUGCCCUCCACCUGCUGGGGAACUGCGUGAACGUGACCAGCAGUGCAAACCGCAACGGGGAGUUCACCAUCGCACCCAGCCAGACUGUACCAGCGCUUUUCGAGCUCAACUUCUACAGCAAUGGCCUUUUCCAUGUCUUCAUCUCUGAUGCAAUCAUCGCCUGCAGCAUCCUGUCACUGCAGCGAGAACUGGUGGCUGAAUCAGAGUCUGACCACCCCCCCGAUGGUCUCAGCAGCCUCCCUCUCAGUCAGGAGAGACUCAUCAGAAAGGCCGCCGGGCUCUCACACUUCCUUGUCAAUGAAGUGACGCUGGCACCACCCUGUCAGACUAUUUACCAGGUUUUCCAUGAUGCAGUCACCCGGCUCAUCCAGUAUGGAGUUCUCUACGUAGCAGAGGAGGACCAGGAGGAACUGAGUCCCAGCCCCACAGAGGAACCAUGGCCCAAAAAGUUCCCAGAGCCCCUUUCCUGGAGAAGCGACGAGGAGGAUGAGGACAGUGACUUUGGAGAGGAGCAGAGAGAUCGCUAUCUAAAGGUGAGCGUUUCCGCAGAGCAUCAGGAGUUCUUCGUCUUCCUACAGCGACUUGUCAGCCCCGUGCUGGAGGCCUACAGCGGCGCCGCCAUCUUUGUCCACAGUCUGAGCCAGCCCAUGGCCGAGUCCGACUACACCCAGAGGCUCUUCAGAUACCUGCUCACACGCACCGAGAGAGGAGUGGCUGCUUAUGGUGAAAGUGCAACUCAUUACCUGGUUAAGAACACAGUGAGGACAUUCAAAGAGCUUGGGGUCCUGAAGCAGAGAAGAGAGAACCAGGUGACGACUCUGGAGCUGAGCAGCACCUUUCUACCUCAGGCCAAUCGGAACAAACUACUGCAGUACAUCUUGGGUUUCACCCUGCUGUGACCGACACACCUAUCAGCCCAGGCUCCUUCCAAAAAAGGGCUUCUACUGGUUACUUCUAAACAAUCCCAGGUGCUACUCUGUGGAAAGCUUUACCAGGAAGUGCCUUCAUGUAACAGCCGCUAACUGUUAGCUGUUAGCCGGAAGAGACUUAAAGCCAGUCUUCCCUUUUUGUUCCAGGCUAAGACUCCCUGUCUUAGAACUGUGCAGCUGAUAAAACAACAUGUAUUGUUCUUCGAGGAAAGGUUCAUCCUCUCUUUGUGAACUCUACCAGUGAAGUCAUGAGGUUUUAAAAUGAUCAACAUUUUAAACUAUCAAAAAACAUACUCAAGCAGGUUAGAAAAUAGGAGUUUUACAGCAAUCCGAACAAAGCAAGCUGCCUUUCAUCUAUUCAAGCGAACAAAUAUGCAUAGAAAAUAUUGGUGAACAUAACCAACAACAAAGGCAUUUUUAUGUACACUAUGCUUGUUUGUAACAACUGUAUUAUUUUCAGUGCACUCCAACAUCAUACUGAAAAAAACUGGUCAAAAUGAAAGUUGAUGAAAGGCAUUGAAAAUCUCUGUACAUAUGCCACGAGAACAAUGGUUCUUGUUUGCAGUGCAUUUAUAAACAUGCACUCCGGUGUCAAUUAAAUAAUAUAGGAAUAUUAGAUAGAUUCCUCCCUGCAAAAUGCGUACACAUUUUGAUUUGCAUCACUAAAUGUCCAAAAACUAAUCCUAUUUAUAGACAGCUUGGUCAGUUCUAAUAACCGUUUAAAAUAUAGGCAGCAAAUCAGAUAAGCACUGCAUAAAUAUCUACCUGGCGAAAUCGUAAGUCCGGUGCAGCUAAAAUCACAAACAAUUACAGUCAAGUGCAUUCAAACCACCAAUAAGUAAGUGCUUUCCGUUCCACUUUUCUUCAUGUAUUUUGAUGAGAAGUGACUUUGUGUUUUUGUGACACUUUGUUCACAGCACUUAAAAAAAAACAUAACACCAGCCAUCACAUCCAGUUUAUUUUCAAAUCCUAUGAGCUCAGAAACUCUUUGGUCAUGUCUUUCAGGGAAAGCAGAGGUUUGGGAUAACUACCGUUUUCUUCCCCCCUGUAUUAUAAACACAAUGUAUGAAGUCUGUUGAGAGCAGUGUUGCUCACUCGCUGGGCAUUCGCAAAACAAAGGAACUACGUAGCGAGGUAAAAAUAAGUGGUACAUAUCCAUUGUGUAGUCCCUUUGAACGAAAGGUCUCGUUUUAGUGGAUUAAUGGUACACCAAGGAGAUCAAUAUAAUUUAUUUUCUUUUUUCGGGCAUGUCAAAAUAAAUGGGGGCAGACAGUUUGGGAAAAAAUAACUCCGAACAUAAAAAUAAAAAAAAGACGAAACCUGAAAGUGAAACCAGAGCUGCAGAACAUGUACCAGCUGUUACUGUAGGAUCAACAGCACUCAGUAUCUAGUUCUUGUCUUACAUGUGUAAUUCUUUAUCUGAAGGCAUUUUGUUUUGAACAUAAACGUACAUCUGUGUUAAUAGUGGUGUAUGAGUGCACAAAACUGAAAAAAGGAGGAGUGUUUUUGGAAAGGGCAGAGUAAGUUUGAUGAAUUUCCUGGAGGGGACGUUUACUGUUUUUCUUUCUCAUAUUGAUAAUGUGAAGACAUUGUGAAUGUUAGAAAUUGAUAUUUGUCAUCUGUCUGGGCAAUAAAAGAGAAUGGGAGUCGGGUAUGUGAUAUUUAAAUGAAUAUUUAUACGGAAAGAAAUGUUGACAGUGAUCAACAACACUGCUUGUUACUAUUAACUUAAGUGUUUUUUCUGUCAACAUAUUGCUUUAUUUAAUAUUAUAAACCUGCAUUUUUGUCAUGCAGUUUUUCAAAUCUAUGUACGAAAUUACCCUGAAGGGGAAACCUAUAUGGAGGAUUGGUGAUCGUCACCCGUAGCAUGUGAAAGAAAAUAAAAAUUGUGUCAUGUAAAGGGGAAAACGAUCAGAGGGAUUUGACAUUCAAAGCAUUUCUGAGCCCACAAUCUGUUCAAAGUCCCGGCGCUGAUGGACCCCUCAGCCAAGAUGAAACCACUCUACCUGCUGUACUGCAUGUUUCCUCUGGUCGCCUUUAAUCAUCGACAUUUCAAUGUGAACUGUAAUUAACCUGAGAAUUGUAUUUUACAGCCUAGUGUGUGAAUUAUGUUUCAGAGAAAGAUAGUUGUUUGUUUAGGAGAUGAAGUUCAAUUUGUUACCUCUUGAAUGUAUCUCUGUCCCCCGAGAAGGUCAAUGUGAUGUGAAGUCCUCACUGGAGUCGGUACAGACAUGAUUCAGUUUUUAUGAACUGCUCACGGGGGAUUAUUGUUGAGACUUGUUGCUACUGAGCUGCAUUAACAACAUCCCUCUGCAACUAUGUAACUCUGUAGGAUUAAAGAAAAUGCCUGUGUCUGGGGAGCAGGUGCCUUUUUAAUUCA